UCUCUCUUUUUAAGGAAAGGCUUUUUCUCGUUUACAUAAUAAACCUUGUGACAAUGGCGUCUUGUUGAUCUCGCUUAUUUAGCGUUUUUGAUUUCCUGAAUUGGCGGCUGCUGCGGGAUGUUCGGAGAUUUUGGCGAGGGCUACGUUUUAUUUUGAUCAUUUGGUUUUGGUUUUGGUUUGUAUUGCGGAGCUUAUAUCUAGCUCUUAUUUAGUAUCAUAUAAGAUCAUUCGUAUGCAUUUUCUUUCCGGAACACAAGAAGAAUUACAUGGUAGUCAUUCAUUUCAUUUGCUGGGACGUUUCAGGAUUCCCAGCAAAGUCUCCUGCUAAUCCCAACUCCCCCAACCACCUCUGCUUCAAUCUGCUCUCCCAUGGUGGACGUGGGCAAGUGGCCCCUUCUCAGCCUGCUGGGGCCCCUGGAAAUUGCAUCCGUCCGUCAGGCCUGUGUCUUUGGCACUUCUGCCAGCGAGGGUAUAUACUGCACGCAGGACAAUGAGGUCUAUGUGCUUGGGAUGAACUGCAGUAACUGCCUGGGAACAGGGGACAACCAGAGUACGAUCGUCCCUAAGAAAGUGGAAUGUCUAACGGGCAAACGGGUGCUCAGCUUCAGCUUCGGCAGCGGGCCACACAUCAUGCUGGCUACUGAAGAGGGUGAGCUGUUUGCUUGGGGACACAAUGGCUAUAAUCAGUUGGGCAACGGGACGACAAAUCAGAGCAUGGUGCCAAUUCUUCUAUCUGCCAACUUCCUGGACAAGAAGGUGGUGGAGGUGGCCUGUGGGUCUCAUCACUCCCUGGCCCGUACCUGCGAGGGAGAGGUGUACGCAUGGGGCUUCAACAACUGUGGCCAGGUGGGAUCUGGAUCUACAGCCAACCAGCCCACACCCCGUAAGGUGUCCAGCUGCCUGCAGAACAGGGUGGUGAUCAGCAUCGCCUGCGGCCAGAGCUCCUCCAUGGCGGUUCUGGACAACGGUGAGGUGUGUGGCUGGGGCUACAGUGGGAACGGCCAGCUGGGCCUGGGCAACAACGCCAACCAGCUGAGUCCGUGUCGAUUGGCAGCACUUCAAAACUUCUGUGUGAUACAGGUCGCCUUUGGCAAUGCUCACACAAUGGCCCUGACAGACGGUGGCUUGCUCUAUGCCUGGGGGUGCAACACGUACGGCCAGCUGGGCACAGGCAGCAAGACCAACGAGUUCAGCCCUGUGCAAGUCAUGUUUGAGAAGGAGAGCAGGGUCAUGGAGAUCGCAGCCUGUCAUCCCACAAACACAUCAGCCGCCAGGACGCAGAGCGGCCAGGUCUACAUGUGGGGUCAGUGCCGAGGCCAGUCCGUGGUGCUGCCGCUCCUCACCCAUUUCACCUGCACGGAUGAUGUCUUCGCCUGCUUUGCCACGCCCCCCGUCAUGUGGCGCCUGCUGUCCGUGGAUCAAGGUGACUUUCUAACAGUGGCCCAGUCCAUGAAAAAUGAGUUUGACAACCCAGAGACGUCAGACCUCAAGUUCUGUGUAGAAGGGAAGCACAUUCAUGUCCAUAAGUCUUUCUUGAAAAUCAGGUGUAAACACUUCCGCUCCAUGUUUCAGUCCCACUGGUCUGAAGAUAUGAAGGAGGAGAUCGAGCUCGACCAAUACUCCUAUCCUGUGUAUCGUGCCUUCCUGGAGUUCCUCUAUACUGACACCGUGGAACUGUCCCCUGAACAUGCUAUUGGUCUGCUGGACCUGGCAACUUCCUACUGUGAGAACCGGCUGAAGAGACUGUGUCAGAACAUCAUCAUGGGUGGAAUCACGGUGGAGAAUGCCUUCAAUCUACUGUCUGCAGCCGUCAGAUACGAAGCACAGGAUCUUGAGGAGUUCUGCUUCAAGUACUGUGUGAACCACCUGACUCGGGUCACACAGACUGAGGCCUUCUGGCAGAUUGAAGGCGACCUGCUCAAGGAGUUCAUAAGCAAAGUCAGCCGAUGUGGAGCCUUCAAAAACUAACAGGAAGCACGGGAUCCUCCUUCUGUACCAACAGGGGGCGCUGAUGGAGAUGAGCGGGACAUGGCCAUCAGUGAGACUCUUCAGUUUCACCCGUCAGCGUUCCUGGGCGUGCUGUGUCAGUACCAUAGCUUUACCGAAGUAGGAACCAUACAAUGUUUCUCCUUAGAAAGCGUCAGUUUGAGCAUAAUAUUAAUAUAGCAUCUGCAGAAUUAAGUCACGACUGGUUGCGGGAAAAAUGAAUUUAUAUACAACUGUCACAGUAUAUAAGAUUACUAUAAAAAAUAUUAUUCUUCUACUUUUCCAACCUCUCUGCUGGAGUAGUUUGCAGGGCCAGCUUGGGGGGUUCUGCCUUCCACAGUGUGGUGGCUUCGGUGACGUCACCGCUGAAGUGGUUUGGGAAGUAUGGGCUCUUCCAAAGACCUGCUUAAAUGAAACACUGUGGAUGUAGGCUGCUCAUGCGAGCAAAGUCCGUACCAGGACACCGCUGGUCUGAUCUUUAUCUUCCACUAAAAUAAAUGCCACUUGUUAUGGCCAGGUUAGUUUGGAUUGAUCUUAGAUAUCACUAUAAAUACACAUUUAAAUGAGAGAAUGAAUAAUGAAUAAAUAUAGUUUACUUUGGGUGGAUUUUUCUUCUCUGUGGAGUGGACUGCAGUUCUGAAAUUGAAUACAUUUUGGAAUAAAUGUUUUUUUUAAGUUUCA